GCGCAUGAUUCGCGGUGGAGGUGACGGGGGAAGGAAGGUCUCCGUCGUGACCCCCGAGGGUCACGCAAACGCGCCACCGUACGUGACCCAGAUUCGGAGAGAGCGAGCCGUCCUACAGUUCUUGAGGAGCGCCGCUCGGCCGCCGCAUUUCCAUAGCGAGAGUGAAAGCCGACCGGAUCACAGCUACUCCGGAGAUGCUCUUCUACGCAGUGCUCGUCUUCGCCGUCCUCUUGGGCCUCGGCCGGUGCCAGUGCACGACCAACGGCUACUUCCCGCACGAGACACAGUGCGACAGCUACUACGAGUGCAGAAAUGGCACGGUGGUGCAAGGUUUCUGUCCCGACGGGCUGGUCUUCAAUGACAAGUCCAGCUACGAGCAUCUGCGCUGCGACCUUCCGUUCGACAUCGACUGCCAGUACCGGCCAUACAUGCAACCGGCGCAGGGCGUGGGCAACUGCCCCCGUCGCUGGGGCAUGUACGCGGACGAGGCCAACUGCGGCAAGUUCUACAACUGCGUGGACGGUCACGGUUUCCCCUUCGACUGCCCCGAGGGACUGGCCUUCAACGAGCGCCGCGGCAUCUGCGACUGGCCCGACCUGGUGGAGCGCUGCGACGCUGAAGCGUACCUGGGCUUCCAGUGUCCUGAGCCGACAACAUACGAGCUACAGGACUUCGUGAACCCUCCGUACGCGCAUCCGCGCGACUGCGCCAAGCACUUCGUGUGCGUGGCCACGUACUACGGCAAACGACUUCCUCGUCUCCUCUCCUGCGACGCCGGCACCGUCUUCAACCCUUCCACCAAAACUUGUGACGACCCCGUCAACGUGCCCGGCUGUGAGAACUACUACGGUGCACAGGAGGACCCUUUCAACAAGCGCCAAACGCUUCGGCGCCAGGGACGAUGAAAGCGAACCAUUUGGCUAGAUCAUUUUGACAGCAUUUUUUUUUACUCAUUAAACUGUACACAGCGUUUUCCCUUCAGUCGCGCCCUUUUUCUGCAUGUCCAUGGAUGCACUGCGAGGAGCUGGAAAGUUGGAAUAAAAUGGGAAUUUCGUGAAAUAAA